AGCGUUUUUCUUUCGAUUUUGAUUUCAAGCCGUUGCUGUUGAAAUGGCGUCAGGUUCAGUAAGUGAUCUGAGGAUUGUUCUGCUAGGAAAGAACGAAUCUGAAAACAAUGAAGUGGGAAACAUUAUACUGGGUACAACGGCGUUUCAGAGUAAAGCUCUGUCUUAUUCACAGCAUCUCAAUGAGAUAAUCAGUGGAACGGUGGAGAAGAGACACAUCAAAGUCAUCAAAACUAACCUGCUGCAGUCAAAUCUCUUACAGCCUCAGAUAAUAAAGGGAGUGAGAGAGUGUGUGUCUCUGUCUGCUCCAGGACCUCAUUCGAUCGCACUCAUACUGCAGUAUAAUGACUUCACAGAUGAGGACAUGAAAAGAGUGAAUUAUGUGCUGAGCUUCUUCAGUAAGCAGGCCAUUAAACACACAAUAGUGGUGACAACUGAUGAAGACUCAUUUGCAUCCAAAAUCACCUCAAAGCUAUGGAAUAAUGUUAUUCAUAAUUUAAUAAAGGAGUGUGGAGGAGGACAUCUUAAGUUUGAUUCAAGAAACUCAGGAUGGCGCUCUGAGAUUUUGAAAAGGACAGAGGAGAUACUCAAGAAAGAACAUGAAGAAUUUCUCAUCUGUAACAUGUAUGAAGAUGGAGGUGAUGGAUCAUCAGUGGAUGAAGAUCUGAGCAGAUCUGGAGGUUCAGUCAGAGAUGACGACAAACAGGAAGAGGAUCCUGCUGAGAGCACAAAAACAGGACGUGGUGGAGGAGUGACGACUACUGGAAAAGCGAAGCUGAACUUUGUGAUGUGUGGAAAUAAUGCAACACUCAAGUCUUCAGUGUCUAAAGUCUUUCGAGGGACAGUCAAUAAACAAAAGAAUAAACUUUUACCGCAGAAAGAGAAGAGCAAUGUGUGUGUGAAGAAAGAGGAGAAGACACAUGGACGGCAGAUCAGUGUAAUAGAGCUUCCAGCUCUCUCUCGGCUCUCAGAGGAGGAAGUGAUGCGUCAGACUCGCAACUGUGUGUCUCUCUGUGAUCCUGGAGUUCAUGUUUUCAUCAUUGUUACUCCUGUCAGUCCACUUACUAAGGAAGACAAUGCAGAAAUGGAGAAGAUUAAAAGAAUAUUUAACUCUAAAGAGCAUUUCAUGGUGCUUUUCACUACUGAACUCAGUGUUGACAAAAAAAUCACAGAUUUUGUAGAAUCUACAGAAUCUCAGAAGAUUGUGAGUCUCUAUGGGAGUUGGCACAGUGUGAUGGGGUUAAAGGACCAGAGAAGCUCAGAACAGAUCUCAGCCCUGUUUGAUUGUAUAGAGAACAUGAACACUGAACCCUAUUCUCUUCAGAUGUACAUGAGAGCUCCAGAGAAGAGAGUCAGAGAAGAGCUAGAGGAGAAACUGAGUGUGAGAGACAAUGAAAUCAAAGAGUUACAGCAGAAGAUUAAGACACUGGUUCCAGAGGGUGUGAAGCUGAAUCUGGUUGUGUGUGGGAGUAACAGUGAAUUAAAAUCCUUCAUAUCAAACCUGAUCCUGAAGCAGAGCGAGGGAAGAUCAGAGCUCAGCUCAGAGUGUGUGAGGAGAGACGUGGAGCUUGAUGGACUUCUGAUCAGUCUGGUGGAGCUUCCAGCUCUGUUCAACACUCAGCUCUCAGAGGAGGAAGUGAUGCGUCAGACUCACCGCUGUGUGUCUCUCUGUCAUCCUGGAGUUCACGCUUUCCUCCUCAUCCUUCCUGAUGGUCCAAUUAAUAAUGAAGACAAAGCAGAAACUGAGAGGAUCCAGAGGAUAUUCAGCUCAAGAAUUAACAAGCACAUCAUGAUCCUCAUAAAGCAGAAUUCAGAGCAUCAGACAGCAGAACUAAAUGAAGAAACUCAGCCUGUCAUUGAGAGUUUUGGAGGACGACGACAUUUCGUUGGACCAAACACACAAGGGUCUGAGCUGGUGGAGAAACUAGAGGAGAUGGUUGCAGAAAAUAGUGGCGAUUGCUUCUCAACAGAGACAUUGUUGGAUGCACAGAUGGAAAAACUGCAGAAAUUUGAAGAAAUGAAGAGGAGAAUCCAUUCUUUAGAGACGUGGUUUCAGACACAAGAUCCAAGAAACAGAGAAGAUGAACUGAGGAUUGUGCUGCUGGGAAAAACUGGAGUUGGGAAGAGUUCAACUGGAAACACCAUCUUAGGAACAGAAGCAUAUAUAUCAGACUUUUCUGGAAAGUCUGUUACUAAAGUGUGUCAGAAAGAGACACAUGAAAUCAACAGAAGACAAAUUACUGUGAUCGACACUCCAGGACUGUUUGAUACUGAACUCAGUAAUGAUGAAAUCCAGAGAGAAAUCAGAAACUGCAUCUCCAUGAUCCUGCCUGGACCACAUGUGUUUCUCUUACUGAUUCCACUGGGACGAUUUACUCAAGAGGAAGAGAAAUCAGUGAAGAUCAUCCGAGAGACGUUUGGUGAAAACUCAUUAACGUACACCAUAGUGCUGUUUACCAAUGGAGACAAACUGAAGAACAAAACCAUUGAACAUUUCUUGGCAAACACUGGAUCUGCUCUUAAAAACCUCAUUGCUGAGUGUGGAAACAGAUUCCAUGUGUUUAAUAAUGAGACCAAAGACCGAACACAGGUGACUGAUCUACUGCAGAAGAUAGACGAAAUGGUGAAAGCAAAUGGAGGGAGUUACUACUCAUGUAAGAUGUUCAGAGAGAUGGAAAGAGAAAUACAAGAAAAACAAAAGAAUAUACUGACAGAGAAAGCAGAUCAAUUGAACAGAGAAAAAGAAGAACUGAUAAAGAAACAUAAAGAAGAGAAAAAGAAGUUGAAGAAAAAGAUGGAAGAAGAUCAUGAGAAAGAGAAAAAGAGAAGAGAAGAGGAAUACGAGAGGAGCUGA